UUCGUAGGCCUGGGCAUGAAUUGUAGUGGUAUAACUGACAUUUCAUCAACCGAAGGUCUUCCACCUGUUCUCUUCUCUGCUUCGUCAUUUACAAAGCUCUCCCAACUGUUACGAACUACCAAACUGACCAACUUCGAUUUCAUCGCCAACCCUCCAUACAUAUAUACAUAUAUAUCAUCCAUCUCUCUCAUAAGCUUUGUCUUCACAGAGCUCGCCGAUAAUCACGAGGAGAUUCGCUUCAGUUUCAGCUAUCGAUCGAUCUCUCUCUGGCAUAGAACGAUUUCUGCCUUCUGUCUCUGUGAAUCUACUUAUUUAAAAAUGGCUACAAGUGUAACUCCCAGCAUGCACAUAGCAACCACGAAGCCAAGCAUUUAUUCAUCUUGCCAAGUUUCUAAGCCAGGCACUGCAAUCUUCAGUACUGAAAUUAAUAAAGCAUCUUGGACAAGGCUUACUUGCUCUUCUCACAUUUCAUCAACACAGCCAUUUUUCCAAAGCUUACCGUCCAGUCCUGUAAAAUUGCAAAAAGUCAUUACGAAGGCAAUGUCUGAAGCAAGUAACAACAAGCCUGUGUCUGGCUUGCCAAUUGAUUUGAGAGGUAAGAGGGCAUUUAUUGCUGGUGUAGCUGACGAUAAUGGAUAUGGCUGGGCAAUAGCAAAAUCUCUUGCUGCUGCUGGUGCCGAAAUUCUUGUUGGGACAUGGGUGCCUGCAUUGAACAUUUUUGAGACCAGUCUUCGACGUGGGAAAUUUGAUGAAUCGCGCAUGUUACCUGAUGGUUCUUUGAUGGAGAUUACAAAAGUGUAUCCAUUGGAUGCAGUUUUUGACUGUCCUGAGGACGUUCCUGAAGAUGUGAAAAAUAACAAACGGUAUGCAGGGUCCUCGAACUGGACUGUUAAGGAAGUUGCUGAAUCUGUUAAACAGGAUUUUGGCAGCAUUGACAUCCUCGUGCACUCACUUGCCAAUGGACCAGAGGUAAGCAAACUUCUCUCAGAGACAUCAAGAAAUGGAUAUCUUGCAGCAAUCUCUGCUUCAAGUUAUUCAUUUAUAUCUUUACUCAAGCAUUUCCUUCCAAUAAUGAAUCCAGGAGGUGCAUCAAUUUCACUAACUUACAUUGCUUCUGAAAGGAUCAUUCCGGGAUAUGGUGGAGGCAUGAGCUCAGCAAAGGCUGCUCUUGAGAGUGAUACAAAAGUGCUUGCUUUUGAAGCUGGAAGAAAGCACAAAAUCAGAGUCAACACAAUAUCUGCAGGUCCACUAAGAAGUCGUGCUGCAAAAGCUAUUGGCUUUAUUGAUAUGAUGAUCGACUACUCAAUGGCGAAUGCCCCAUUGCAGAAAGAACUUUCUGCAGAGGAAGUGGGGGACACAGCUGCCUUCCUGGUAUCGCCGUUGGCUUCAGCAAUCACCGGUGCUGUUGUGUAUGUUGACAACGGUCUCAAUGCAAUGGGAGUAGGAGUUGACAGCCCGGUAUUUGCAGAUCCAGAUCUCAACAUUCCUAAAGGCAACUAAAGGUAGUGAUAACAAAUAUCUGGUGGCUUUUAUUGAAAUUUUUUAUUAGCAGAAAUAAAUCUUGGGUGUUCGCUUUCCCGUUUCUCUUUUGUUUGGUUGUAUUUGACUGUAUCAUCUGAGAAUAGCUCAGUUCGCAUCCCAUUUGCAAGGACGAUUUGCUUCUUUUUUGUAGUUGCUAUUUUGCUGGCGUUAUUAUGCCGGAUUGUGAAAGAUGGGUAGUCCUUGAGGAUAGUUUGAUCCUUUUUUCUUUUCGUAGAAAUAAUGUCUAAUGGUGAUUUUGAAUGUUUGUUUCUGUUGUAUCAUAUAGUGGUUUGUCAUUUGUUA